AUGAAAGGCAAGAGAGCUGCUCCUUCGACGAAAACAUCCGAUGCCAAGGCCACUCCUGCAUUGGUCCGAGAGUACGAUGACGAUUUCAUCGUGACUGCUGUGCCGAGCGAGAAGAAGAACAAGAUGGAUGUCAAGUUCAAUUAUCACGUAGAGAUAAACGAAUAUGUGAAGCCUGACUUUGUGGAAUGCUCAAGCCGAAAGCCAAGGAGGAAUCUGUCUCGAGCUCAGAAGCGACCAUUGACGUGCAGAACUACCAAAGAAAUCAUGGACGACCAACAAUGGGUGUUGCAAUCCAAGUUGGGUAUGACUAGGGCACGUGCAAUUGGCAUAUUGAUGGAUGACUUCGAUGAGUUCUCAGACGUUGAUGAAGUACACGUUAUCCUGGGACCCAAGAAUGAUACCACGCUCAAGAUCAACAGCAUUGAGUAUUUGGAGAAUAACAAUCGAGCUGAGAUAUGCUAUGAGGAGAUCAUCCCUCAUGCUGAGUUGGUCAUGAAGGUAUUGGGUCUCAUGGGCAACAGCACAGCAUCAAGGACGAUGUACUUUGAUGGUGAGAGUGGUGAUGAAAUGUCCGAAUCGGAUGAUGGGGUUGGUACGUACGUCGACGGGCCAACGAAGUCUCCGAGGAAGGCAAAGAAGAAGAAACGAUCUAGACGGAAGACAGAGUUCAACCGCAUGAUGGAAGAGAUGGACAUCAAACUUGACAAGGAGAAAAGCGAUGGAGCUGAAAUUGUUGGUGAACCUCCUGUGCCUCCUCCUGAUGGCGAGAGGGAUGUCAUCAUUCGUCGUGGACAGCUAGAAGCUGAGGCCGAGAAACUCAAGGAAAUCAAGUUGAAGAAAGAGAAAGAGAAGAAAGCCAAAGCUGAGGCUGCCGAGAAGAAGAAGUCUGAAGCAAGUUCACGCGCCACUCCUGCAUUGGUCCGAGAGUACGAUGACGAUUUCAUCGUGACUGCUGUGCCGAGCGAGAAGAAGAACAAGAUGGAUGUCAAGUUCAAUUAUCACGUAGAGAUAAACGAAUAUGUGAAGCCUGACUUUGUGGAAUGCUCAAACCAAAAGCCAAGGAGCAAUCUGUCUCGAGCUCAGAAGCGACCAUUGACGUGCAGAACUACCAAAGAAAUCAUGGACGACCAACAAUGGGUGUUGCAAUCCAAGUUGGGUAUGACUAGGGCACGUGCAAUUGGCAUAUUGAUGGGUGACUUCAAUGAGUUCUCAGGCGUUGAUGAAGUACACGUUAUCCUGGGACCCAAGAAUGAUAUCACGCUCAAGAUCAACAGCAUUGAGUAUUUGGAGAAUAACAAUCGAGCUGAGAUAUGCUAUGAGGCUGAGUUGGUCAUGAAGGUAUUGGGUCUCAUGGGCAACAGCACAGCAUCAAGGACGAUGUACUUUGAUGGUGAGAGUGGUGAUGAAAUGUCCGAAUCGGAUGAUGGGGUUGGUACGUACGUCGACGGGCCAACGAAGUCUCCGAGGAAGGCAAAGAAGAAGAAACGAUCUAGACGGAAGACAGAGUUCAACCGCAUGAUGGAAGAGAUGGACAUCAAACUUGACAAGGAGAAAAGCGAUGGAGCUGAAAUUGUUGGUGAACCUCCUGUGCCUCCUCCUGAUGGCGAGAGGGAUGUCAUCAUUCGUCGUGGACAGCUAGAAGCUGAGGCCGAGAAACUCAAGGAAAUCAAGUUGAAGGAAGAGAAAGAGAAGAAAGCCAAAGCUGAGGCUGCCGAGAAGAAGAUGUCUGAAACAAAGAUCCACCAAAAGAUGAAGGACGAAAGAAAAAGAAAAAGGGUAAUAAAGAUUCGAAGGAGAGUUCAGGCAAAGAUGGCGGCAAAGACGCUGCUGUUGGCGUGGGAACGCUCCGAGGAGAUUGGGUACGUAUACCUACGACAUCCUACGACCCAUGAACCGAGGAAGCUGAACCAUGCCAGGGAUCAUGGCGAUCGGGAAUGCUUAUCAGCAACCCGUGAUGCCAAUGAUCUCAUCGACUUCAAGAAGCACAACAUUGUCUCUCCUGCAACUCCCAGCGAGGCCCAGAAAUUCCUCGACGCACUCGAACGCCUGAAAAGGAACGUGAUGCCGGACAUCGCGGCGGAGGAGAAUGUGACGAUCCAUUUUUGGAUAUCAUUUGCAUUUCUCAUCACCGGCCAACACCCGUACCAUGUGUGGGUUGAGGGGAACUUCGCUGAGCGGAUGGCCGAGGCAAUUCGAAGUGUGGACAAGAUGGCGACGAGACCAAUCUUUGUGUCACUCUGCAAGGACUCCAGAUUUCAUGGUAUUCCAUCUGGCAUCCGAGAAGUGGCCACGGACUCGGCAGACAUCUUGAGAAGCUUCGGAAUUAUGGUCACCACUGAUGAUGGAAUGUGGAGAUUGAUGUAUGGUCACGCCGGCAAUCACUACAUGAACAACCACAACAUGCCAGAUCGACUGGGAGUUAAGUUCUUGUUCAGACAACGGGUACUGUUGAUGUGCUCCCUGAACGUCGAGGCGCUGUCGCACUUCGGAACUGUUAGAGUUCCCAGGGAUCGCGUGAAGCAGAUCUUCACUGGAAAACGUGGGAGACAAUACAUCGUUAUCCGAGAAGAGUUCUCGUUGGAGACUGGCAAGGGCACCUACGAACGAUUUGCAUAUCGUGUCUCCAAAGAUUAUGGGAACGUAUUCUACAAAGAUUGCCUCAAAAUGGUGCUUGGGAAUGACUUCAUGGGUUAUCCCGACGUCGCAGCCGAGAAAUGCGGCGACGUUGUCGAGAUGUGGCUUGGCAUGCUUGACCUCUCGCCAACAGGGCAGACCCGGGCGAGCUACUUGCGGGCGAUGGCUCUAACUCUGCAGGUUCUCUUCGCAGCUCUUUGA